AUGCAGAAUGCUAUUUUUUCAAAUCCCACCGAGAUCAUCCAGUUUCUUCAAAAUAAUCCAGAUCUAAUUGGGCUGUUUCCUAUUCCUCGUGAACCAAAUCUAUCUCUCGAUUUACCAAUACUAUCGCACAUUCAUUCAAUACAGGAGUAUAUUCAGACUCUGUCAUACAAUUACUUGGGUGAGCCGUUUUUUGUCGUGAAAAAAUCAUCAUCUGUGCGAAAUCUAUUAAAACUGGCACAAAAAAUGGUUCAGCAAGCUCUUCCAAUCAAGUGCCUCGAGGCAACAAUACUGGGGAUCUACCUAACUAUGAAGUUUGAUGAUCUGCUAAGAAUGAGUUGCCUUGGUGGAAAGUGGGGUGCAAUCGGUUUGUCGAAAAAGUCGGAUCUGAUGAACAAAAGCCUUACUUAUACUUUGGGCUUGCCAGUAACUCACAAUCCAGCCAGUAAUGAAAAGAUUGUUUGGAAAAAAAGCUCUAUACGACUUCAAGAUACAUUAUGGGAUAUCUCAAGUAAAGAAAUCGAUGCUCAUUCACGCAGUCUGAGAUCUCUUUGA